AGGAGGGACAGGAAAGCAUGACCGAAAGCGUGUGCCGGGAGGGAAAUGCAGGGUCCAGCUCUCCCGGCCCCGUACGGCCUCCGGUAUCCGGCCAGGGCGAGGGGCCGUGGCAGGACCUGUGGGGCUGGGGACAGGCUGGUGGCCCGUGUCGGGGCUGGGUGGCUUUGGCAGGUGGCUCUGCCCCGGGAAGGGGAGGAGGCUGCGCGGCACUCCCAGCCCGGCCGGCAUCCCUCGCCGCCGCCCCGCGAUGCUCCAGUCCCGGCUCAGCCUGGCAGCAGCGCAAGCAGGGAGGGCACCCUGGCCUGGAUGAAGGCAUGGAAGAGGACAACCGGACAGAGACCUGGCACCGAAGCCUCCAGGCAGUGCUUAAUGCCUUAAACCAGACGCUGCAUGGGGUCAUCCUCUGCCCCACUGACCGCCCUGCCACCACCACUGCCACUGCACGCAACGCCAGCGCCCGCCCGGGCCGUCCCGGCCGCAAUGACAAUGCCUACAUGUACAUCCUCUUCGUCAUGACGCUCUUCGCUGCCACGGUGGGGAGCCUCAUCCUGGGCUACACCCGCUCCCGCAAGGUGGACAAGCGCAGCGACCCGUACCACGUCUACAUUAAGAACAGGGUCUCCAUGAUCUGAGCCCGGCCCCAUUGCCUUGUCCCCUGGGAGCCAGUGGGUUUGGGGUCAUGUUGCUGCUGCGCAUCCUGCUGCUUGCAGGAUGGGGCAGCGCUGCUGGCCAUUCCGGCCCCAAAGCUGCUGGGAACCCCCUCCCCCGGUACCCCCGUGGAGGUGCUCAGCCCCGGUGUGAGCAGCACGGGGACAUCCUGGCCAGGCUACAGCUCCUGUCUGGCAGGAGCUGGCAGGGUGCGAUCCAUGGGCAGGUCCCGGUCCCGCAGACCCACCUCAGCUGAGCCCCAGGGCACGGGGAUGGCAGGGGCAGUUCCGUUCCCACCAUGGCCUGCUGAGGCUGGCAGGGGUCUUCAAGGAGAAAAAUUCACUAUUUCCCUGCUCAGACCAGCCAGCAUAGACCUCCGUGGGCUCCCACCAGCUUUGUGACACAGGCUAGCGAGCUUGGCUGGUGCUAAAACCCUGUAAUUUUUGAGCCGGGCUGGGCCUCGCUUUUCUGGCGGGGAAUUAAAGGAGGUGGCAGUUUCCA